CUAAUAAAGAAAUUUAAAAAAAUAAUAAUAAUAAUCUUUUAUUUCCGAGUAAGCGUUCACUUUACUGAGUUUAAUCUCAAUUAUAUGAACAAAUACAUGUAUGUUUGCUGGGAUAUUCCAGGUGCUCAGGUACAAAAACACGUAUUUUAAUAUGUCUAACAACUUUAGACAUCAAAUUCUGCUUUCGUGCAUUCUUGUACAUAGUAAAUAACUUUGUUAAGUAGUAAAAUCCUCCAGAGAUAUACCAGUUUACUUAAAAUGGCUUUAUAUCGCAUUUUUUUUAAUUUGCGUUUUUCAAAAUAACCCUUUAAUAUACAAAUUUUUGAAACGAUUGUGUUUAGUUUUAUUUAGAGUUGACCUAAUCACAGCGUGAUCAGUGUUUUUGAAUUGCCUUAUAUAUUAUCAUUAAGAGUCAAUAUAUUGUCAAACUUAUUUCGACAAAAUCAGCACUUCAUUGAUCUCUGUCAGCCUAAGUGGUUGAUUUGUGACAAAACAACACCUAGAACUCUAGUGCAAAAUUGAUCAACAUGUACCAGGGCAUGUUUAAAAGUCGAGUAAAUCUCAUCUAGACUUGGCAUCAGCGUAUUACACCUUUGAAAACAUUGAAUAAUUUUAUGCAAGCUAACCUUUUGUGAAAACCAAAUGGUUCCAAAUCAUCAUUAGACAUCUACAAGUUAGAAAACAUUAAAUGAUUUUGCUGUAUAUUUUGAAGGAACUGUAAUGCGGUUCCAAACUGCCCCCGGAUUACGGUAACGUGAUGGAUAUAAAACCCUGUCUCCCGAACAAUUCUACAAUAGUACAUUGUAACGCAGUCCAAGUAAUGAAUCUCUACUCCAGAAUGUUGGUGAAAAUUUUAUCUGUUAUCUGUAUAGUAUGUGCAUUGCAUUUCAAUGCGGCAACUGAGGUGUCCAGAGAUUCAAACAUUGCCAACUGUUCCAUCGAUACUAGCAGCAGCUUUGGCUAUGAAAUCCUGGUAGGAAAGCUGGUGACACUGGAGAGCAAAUUCUGGAACAUGUGGCUUGAGAUGAAGGAAAAAAAUGAACAAAUAAUGCGCAACCACAGCCUUCUCGAGGAUACUCAUCAGGGAACGCUUCGAAUGCUUACAAGGCUCGAACGCAAUUUGACCACCGUGAUGGAUCGUUCGUGGGAGAUUGCGCAGCAGCAAAUCAAUUGUGGCAAUCAGGAAAAUUGGAAACAGUUAGUGCUGGCAAUGCUAUCGAAUAACAAAAAUAAAACUUUUACGAAUCAAAAUUUUGAAUCUACUUUGAAACCUUAUGAAGAUUGCACCGAAGUGCCAGCGAAUGUUUCUGGAAAAUAUAUCAUACAUCCACAGAAUUUCUCAGAACCAUUUGAAGCGUAUUGCGCACAGGAAGUGUUCGAAGGAGGAUGGCUUGUAGUUCAAUACCGUUUUGAUGGAUCGGUCGACUUUCACCGCAACUGGACUGAGUACAGGAAUGGAUUCGGAACUCUUGACGGAGAGUUUUGGAUUGGGUUGGAGAAACUACACCGCUUGACGAAAAAUGGUGACUAUGAGCUGGUUGUAGAAUUGAAAGAUUACGACGGAACUUAUACAUUUGCACGCUAUGAUGACUUUGAGAUUGGGGAUGAAGCUGAGAAAUAUUCACUUAAGAAGUUGGGAAGCUAUAGUGGCAGCGCGGGAGAUUCAUUAAGUUAUCAUAGGUCAAUCAAAUUUUCAACCUUCGAUAGUGAUAACGACCUAUCUUCAGUAAACUGCGCAAAAACUCAUCAGGCAGGAUGGUGGUAUAAGAGCUGCCAUUUCAGUAAUCUCAAUGGAUUAUACCGAAAAGGAAAUGAUGGGAAACAUCUUUCCUGGUUUCACAGAAAUUAUAACUAUGAUGGACAAGCAUAUUCUCGGAUGAUUAUUCGAAAAAAAUAAUGUGUUUCUGUUAUGAUAAUGCGUUGAAAUUUAGUGAAAUAUAAUAUUGUUAUGAUUAGUA